AUGGCAGCUAAGUUUGUUAUAGUUCUCGCUUUGGCCGCUGUGGCUCACUGCUCAGUGGUAUCAGUAGCGCCAGUAGAAACAGACUACACGAACUUCGCAUACAAAGUAGCUGAUCCCUACAGUGGCGACUUCAAGAGUCAAGUCGAGAGCCGCUCUGGUGGAAAUGUUCAGGGACAAUACUCUCUGCUGGAGGCUGAUGGUACUAAGCGUGUAGUAGACUACGCUGCUGAUGACAUCAACGGAUUCAACGCCGUAGUGCGCAAAGAGCCCGGUGUGGUUGCCACUCCUGUAGCUUCCGUCGCCGCGGUUGCCCCUGCAGUGGUCGCUGCCCGUGCAUACGCUGCUCCCGCUGUCUACGCCUCUGCCCCCGCUGUCUAUGCCCAAUCUUAUGCCCCAUCCGUAUACGCCGCAUCAGCCCCAUACUUCGCCCGCUCUUUCGUCGCUCCCUCAGUGUACUCUGGUCAUUCUGUGGUAGCCGCGUCUCCUCUUGCCUACUCUGCCCCCCUCAAGUACUGG